AUGGGAAGUUUUGCCAUCCAAUUGAUGGGCUUCUUGUUCAUGACUAUGUUCAUGCUUGCACUGGCCUUCCCUUACAACCACUGGACUCAUAAGGACAGCCGAAUCGGUUUCGUUGUGAUGUACUCAUUAGCCUUCUUCUUCUCGAAUUCCGGACCCAACGCCACAACAUUUGUGGCACCGGAUGAGAUUUUCCCUGCAAGGUUGAGGUCCACUUGCCAUGGUAUAUCAGCAGCCGCAGGAAAGCUUGGUGCAUUUGGGUUCUUGUAUUUGGCGCAGAAUAAGGAUAAGGCCAUGGCAGAUGCAGGGUACCCUGCAGGCAUUAGAGUCGAGAAUUCACUUAUUGUAUUAGGUGCAAUCAAUGCACAAGGCUUCUUCACUUUCUUGGUUCCUGAAUCGAAAGGGAAAUCUUUAGAAAAGAUGUCAGGUGAGAACGAAAAUAAUGGAGGAGAGGGAGAAGGAGGGCCAUUGUCGUCGUCAUCAUCAUCUAAUCUUUACUAG